UUCCCGGAAAAUGCUAAGGAAAGGAAAAAAAAUACAAGGGAAAAUGAUUUUUUUUAGUUUGGAUGACAUGGAAAAUACAAUGGAAAAAAAAUAUGAAGGAAAAUAUUAAAGAAAAUAUUGUAAUAUUUUCCUCACUAUUUUCCUUAAAAAAUAACGUGGAAAAUAUAAGAGAAAAAGAGCAGGGAAAAGAAGAGGAAAAUUUUGUCGGCUCUUGUUCACCGAAGCUUCAUCUCUAACUUCCUCUUCGUCAGUGGCUAUGGCUUCUCAACGUCGUCGACCCUUUCAACGACCACCACUAUCACUCCGACCACCUUCGAGUGCCUCUGAAAACCUACCAAUUUCAGACACCCGAGUUCCCAUUGAUGAAGUGCGUUCUUCAAAUCAAGUUCCCAUGGAUGACGGAUCCAUGUCUUCAAGUCAGACUUAUAAUGAAGAAUGGCAAAGACUUAGAAGAUGGGCUGCAACUUGUGUAGCUAUGUAUGCUACAUAUGCGGCAAUUCUUGUUUCAGUUUAUCAUCGCUCAAACUAUUUGGAGAGAUCAAUCUCUAAUGAAGGAGAUUAUGAACGACAUGCUUUGAUGGAAAGACUUACACUAAUGGAUAAUGAAGAUUGUUAUAAUCAACUACGUAUGGGAAAGGAUGCAUUCGCAAGACUAGUAAACAUUCUUCGGGGAACAAGUCGUCUUAGAAAUAACGCACAUAGUAAUGAAUAG